GACUUCUGUCUCAUCCCAAUCGGGACCGGCGAUUCAUCUGUCGCAGAGUACAUUGCUGAGUGUCAAAAGGUCCUUCGAAAAUCUGGACUAACGUUCAAAGCUCACGUCGUCUCAAGUGCAUACGGGACAAACCUAGAGGGUCGCUGGACUGAGGUCUGCAAGGCUAUUCACGACUGUCACGUUGCUGUGCACCAGCUGGGUGCACCACGUAUUGCCACAGACAUCCGUAUCGGCACACGUGCCGAUAGGGAAGUCAUACCUGGUGAAGGCAACGACCGGAAAGUUCGUCGCGUUGAGGAGAUCUUAGCAAGCAAGGAGAACUGCAUUUAA